ACUUCUUAACCAAAAAUCAAGUUCCCCUCUCCAUCUCCUCCUCCUCCUCUUAAGCUUACUUGCUCUGAUUCCAGCAAAUUGAAGCUUUCUAAAUACUACAUUUCUUCCAAUUCCUAAAAUGGGUGCUUCAGGAAAAUGGUUCAAAUCACUUAUAACUCUCAAAACCCUUCAAGCUCCCAGUAACCAAGAGAAAGUGGGAGAUAAAGCCAAGAAGAAAUGGAGGCUAUGGAGAAGCUCAUCGGAAGGGUUCGGAUCCUCCUCAUCCAAGGGUCUCAAGAUGCGCACCGUGGCUUCUUCAGAGGCUUCCGAUUCUUCUUUCAUGGUGGAUGAUGAUGUGCUCGCUGCAGCUAUGGCUACCAUUGUUCGUGUUCAACCCAAAGAUUUCCGAGCUGUGAAGCGAGAAUGGGCCGCGAUUCGAAUCCAGACUGCAUUUCGAGGCUUGUUGGCAAGACGAGCUCUUAGGGCCUUGAAAGCAGUAGUAAGGAUUCAAGCUAUAUUCCGUGGUCGUCAGGUCCGAAAGCAAGCUGCUGUGACAUUAAGGUGCAUGCAAGCACUUGUAAGGGUCCAGGCUCGGGUAAGAGCACAAUGUGUGAUAUCUACAGAAGGACACCCUGUGCAGAAACUAAUAAAUGAAUACCACAGCCAAACUGAUCCAACCAAGAAUACCGAGAGAGGAUGGUGCAACAGUCCAGGAACAUUAGAAGAACUAAGCGCAAAACAACAAAUGAGGCAAGAAGGUGCAAUAAAGAGGGAGAGAGCAAUAGCAUACUCUUUCUCAAAACAGCAAUCAAGAUCAUAUGCCAGCCCAAAUUCAAGAGCAAACAAGCAGCCACUGCCUAGCAAACAUCAAAGGCUAGAUAGGAAUAGCCCAGAUUGGAAUUGGCUAGAUCGUUGGAUGGCAAUCAAGCCCUGGGAAACCAGGAUGAUGGAAGACAUUCAUACAGAGGCAUCAGAGAUGACCACAUUUUCUCGGAACAGUCACUCCAGCUGUUUUGAACAUGACUCCCUAAAAGUAAAAAGGAACAAUGUGACGAGCAGAGUUCUUGCAAGACCCCCAAUUGCCAGUCAAACUUCUGGUUCAUUGUCUGCCCCAAGUUCUGAGUCUGUCUAUGACGAGGGCUCAACAUCUACUUCAUCUACAUCUGCAUCUCCAACCACAUUGUCUAGCAACACUCUUGUUGCCGACACAUUAGAUGAUGAUCGUACUCAAAAACCCAGCUACAUGAACCCUACAGAGUCUAUUAAAGCUAAACAAAAGGCUUUCAGGUUUUCCUCAGAUAAUAUGCCAAGACAUGCCGUUGAUGAUUUACAUUUUCAUAAGAAAUUGGUGACACUUCCUUGUGAGGACACCAGGAGCAGUGCUGGCUCUAAUGCAUCAAUUAGUAUCUCCAGGGAGUUGUACCGACCAAUACAAUUAGGUAGACAUGAUUGCCUGAGGAAUCAGUGGCGUCAAGGUAGAUGAGAUGAAAAUUCUGUUGUUUAACUAUCACAAGUAUUAAUGUAACCCUACAAUGAAAUCCUACAAAAGACUUUUUUGUAGUAUUAUGUAAGUGAAACAAGUUUAAUUAAGAAAACUUUUAAUUA